CGCUCUCCUCCUCCUCCUCCUCCUCCUCCUCCUCCUCCUCCUCAGCACCGGACAGACACAUGGGGCGCACCGUGAACGCGUGAAGGAUGAAUGAACUUUAAAUCUGCCUCACAACUUUCACUGCCUCUCCCUCUCUCUUUCCCUCGCUGUUUCUGUCUUUCCCGCCUCCGCUGCUCCAGAAGAGAGAGAGAGAGAGAGAGAGAGAGAGAGAGAGAGAGAGAAAAGAAUCUCGAAGAUCUCCACAAUGGAUUUACUGCAAUCACGACCCUGUUGUGAAUGAUCACAUCUUCUUUCUUUUUCUUUUUUUUUUUUCUUUGCGGAUGCUCAUUAGCGUCGUGAGUCGAGAUGAUGGCAUCCAUAGGGGAAUUCGAUCCUCUCAACACCAGAGUCCCUGCAACUAAAAUAGAAGUUACCGUAUCUUGCCGGAGUCUGCUGGAUGUGGAUACAUUCUCCAAGUCAGAUCCUGUGGUCGUGUUGUAUUUGCAGGCUGUGGGAACCAAAGAAUGGAGGGAGUUUGGCAGGACAGAGGUAAUCGAUAAUACUCGGAAUCCAGAUUUCGUCAGGAAGUUUGUCCUGGAUUUCUUCUUUGAGGAGAAACAGAAUCUAAGGUUCGAUGUGUACAAUGUGGACUCUAGAAGCUGUAACAUUUCCAAACACAAGGACUUUCUGGGCCAGACAUUCUGCACCCUUGGAGAAAUCAUUGGCUCCACUGGUGGGAGGCUGGAAAGGACCCUCUCUGGGAUUCCAGGUAAAAAGUGUGGAACCAUAAUCUUUUCUGCAGAGGAGCUCAGUAACUGCAGGGAUAUUGCUACAAUGCAGUUGUGUGCCAACAAGUUGGACAAAAAAGACUUCUUUGGCAAGUCGGACCCCUUCUUGGUUUUCUAUCGGAGCAAUGAGGACGGAACGUUCACCAUCUGCCAUAAGACAGAGGUGAUCAAAAACACACUGAACCCAGUAUGGCAGUCCUUCACCAUCCCUGUUAGAGCUCUCUGCAAUGGUGACUAUGACAGGACUGUGAAGGUAGAUGUCUAUGACUGGGAUCGAGAUGGAAGCCAUGACUUCAUUGGAGAGUUCACCACCAGCUACAGAGAGCUGUCUCGGGGGCAGAACCAGUUCAAUGUCUAUGAGGUUUUAAAUCCCAAGAAGAAAGGCAAAAAGAAGAAAUACAUCAAUUCUGGAACUGUAACUCUGCUGUCCUUCAAAGUGGAGUCCGAGUAUACCUUUGUGGAUUUCAUCCGAGGAGGAACACAACUGAACUUCACUGUGGCUAUAGACUUCACAGCAUCCAAUGGUAACCCCUCCCAGCCCACCUCCCUACACUAUAUGAGUCCCUACCAGAUGAAUGCAUAUGCCAUGGCCCUGAAAGCAGUGGGUGAGAUUAUCCAGGACUACGACAGCGACAAGCUUUUUCCUGCCUAUGGCUUUGGAGCUAAGCUGCCCCCUGACGGCAAAAUCUCCCACGCCUUCCCACUGAGUGGUGAUAAUGAGAGUCCAAACUGUGUGGGCAUAGAGGGGGUCCUAGAGGCGUAUUUCCAGAGCCUGAGGACAGUGCAACUAUAUGGACCCACUAAUUUUGCCCCUGUUAUCAACAAAGUUGCAAACUGUGCAGCAGAGAUUACAGAUGGCUCUCAGUACUUUGUUCUGUUGAUGAUCACAGAUGGAGUGAUAUCUGACAUGGUCCAGACCAAAGAGGCUGUGGUCAAUGCAGCUUCACUCCCCCUUUCCAUAAUUAUCGUGGGUGUUGGACCAGCUGAGUUUGACGCUAUGGAAGAGCUGGACGGAGAUGAAGUGAGAGUGUCCUCCAGAGGACGUCUUGCUGAGAGAGACAUUGUACAGUUUGUUCCAUUUAGAGACUACAUCGACAGAUCUGGCAACCAGGUCCUCAGCAUGGCCCGGCUGGCUAAAGACGUCCUCGCCGAGAUCCCCGACCAGCUGCUGUCUUAUAUGAAGAGCCGAGGAAUUGAACCGCGACCGGCCCUCUCCUCCUCGCCGCUCCCGGAGCUACACCAUCAUAUCUGACCCCGACACCGCCACUCGUCUCUGCCUCUCUGCCCUGACUCUCUAUCUUCCCCUCUCACCUCCCAUCCAGCUAUUAGUCAUCUUAAAGGAACAGGAGGAUCGACCCGUGACUCGCCCUUUUCCUCUCUUAUCAGCGGUGAGGCUAACCAGGCACAUCACACCAACGCAGUGGGCGUUCAUCCCUGAUUCACCUUCUGCUGUACCUCUGCUUUCCCCUGUCUAACUCACUCUGGUAUAUAGCCUUACUUUUCAUUUACUGCGUGGAAGAACAGCGAGACUGAACCAUGACCUGUCCCUCUUACUCCCCACUGACUAGCAUUCAAACCUCUGACUCUUUUAAUUCCCCUCGCUCAACACGUUUUCGCUGAAAAAGUUUUUACAUUUGUCCUUGUUCUAUCAAGUGUUGACACUAGUCAUUUUUGGCAGGAGUCCCAGGAAGUAUAAGACACCAAAUUAAAUUAAAUCCCAGUCCCAGAUGUAAGCAGAGCACUUGAUGAGCAAUAUACCCCAGUAUGUAUUAGGUGCUUUUGUGGUAUUUUUUGUGUUUGUGGUUUAUAUUUAAAUCAUAAUUAUUAUCAGGCUGUACCAGUUUUCUUAACAAUAGCAAUUCUUUACAAGAGUUAGUUCAGUUCAGGUGUUUUCAAACUGUGGGGCAUGGCUCAGUGGGAGAUUGUAGGGAAAUGACACUGCUUGAGGUGACAGGUGCAUGGCAGUGUUCUGAAAGCAGCAAAAGUUAGUUACUGUAGUUCGACUGUUUGACACAGUUAGCAGUCGGAGCUGCAGCAGUGGGUGUGACGUACAGCUAAUGGAGGCGAUUAAGCCACUUUAAAACCCUCAGUGUCUGAUAGUCGCAGUUUAUUCGCGUAUUUUUAAAUAUCACAUGACUUAUGGAUGCAUGCAUGAAGAGAAAUGACGCUCCUGGCAUCUGCAGAACUUGCCUAAGUAUCAUCACAUUUUGAAGUUUCUUUCACUAUCAAAGUUAUUCAGUGAUAGCUGUCUGUACACCCUGCACACACUGCAAAACUGUUGUUAUUAUGAUUAUCUCAAUUGUCCACAGUGUCACUAUAAAAUCCCUGGAUUCAUGGCAGCAGCUACAUUAGUGACAAGAACAGCAUUCAUGAAGACUCUCUGACUUUGUGAGGUGGACAUCAUACAGAGGUUAGCACACAAGUGUUGGCACUUCUAGUGUGGAGGUUCAGGUCACAUGUUCAUUAUUACCAGUCACUAAGCCUUCCCACAGACAUGUGUACUUAUCCAAACACACACACACACAUACACAUACACGUCUCUCUGCCAUGACACACCCACCCUCUCUUUGCACAGCGUGGGCUGAGGCUGGGUGCAGAUUUCCCCUCCUGCUGUUAGAGAAAUGCCAGUCUCUCUUGGCUGCCCUGCAGAGAGGAGGAGGGAGGAAGGAAGGAAAGAAGAGAUGGGCAGGAUGGAAGAAGGUAAAGGUGGGAGUAAAGGGAAGACAGAUGAGGGUGUGUGUGUGUGUGAGAGAGAGAGAGAGAGAGGAAGAAACUGAAGGAAAAAAGAUGAUAGAAGAUAAGGCUAUGAGACAAAGAGACAGAGGUGGACAAGGUCAAAGGUUAGAGGAGGUUUGUUUGUUUGAGGCCAGAAGGUAAAGAAAAAUGAGAGGCUGAGCUGGAGAAAGCUACGCAGAGGAUGACUAUAGCUCAGUCUUUAGUUUGAGUCUUUCUCUGUCUGAUAAGUCUUUGUAUAGAUAUUUUUUGAGAAAUUAAUCUCAAUAAAAGAUAAAUGCACAUCUCCAAAAAGCAAUAUACCUGACUCCCAGUUUCUGCCCUUUGUGCGUCCCUCCCACUCCCCUGCCAUGACUUGACAUUUUAUUCCCAGGCAAGCCAGAGCUGUGUACAGUGAGGAAAUGCUGCCACCUAGUGUUCAUCAUUUAUAUAGCAGGGUAUCUUUAUUAUGCAUGACUACUGUACAUUCCUAUACUAACUCACACAGUGCAGACGCAUGACCUGAUGCAGCUGUCAUAACCGUAACUGACUGUAAACCAGUGGUUCUCAAACUUUUUCUGGCAUGACACCCUUCAGGACAACAAAAAAGAAAAAAAAAAUUUCCUGCCCCCCAGCCCAUUUAUUUCAUGAUAGGGGAAGCAAGUAAUAAACGACAGCAUCACCAAACUCUUCUUUGUUUAUUUUCAACUUCAUUCCACAGUUUUUGGCUCUGUGCAACACCAGUUUGAGAACCACUAGUGUAAGUAAAUGAAUUCAGGCACCCCAAAAAAGAAAGAACUAUAAUGUCUCACACAUCUGUGUUCUUAUGUGAGAGGUGAGGGGUAACUGCGAGGGGUGUAAACACUUCUGCUUCCGCUGUUUCAUGUGUUGUGCAAGUAUAUUCACUUUUUAUCAACCUGUACAAUAUUUAGUUUAACUGUCACGUUCUUGCAUGUUGAAGAAUAAAUAAGUGUUCAAGUGGUCGUUGUCAUUGGAACUGGUCAAAAAAAGAGACACGUAUUUUUGAUAUUUUGCAGUGAUAUGGCCUCUUCCCAGGGUCACAGACCGAGACGCGUAAGCCUGUAGUGGGAUUUUUGACCAUCAAGGACAUUUUUGUCUUUUGUCUUUGUCGUCUGGCUGUGUGAACAUGUGUAUAUUCCCACUGAUCAUAAUGUUUAAAAAAAAAAAGAAAAAAAAAGAAACGACGGACAAGGUUUCACUGCACGCAAAGUACAGUAGGUCACAUGAUGAAAUAUGUUUCCCACUCGUUUGCUUACAGUAGAGGUACCAACGUCGUUUACAUUUGUGUCUCUAAUAAUAAAUCUAUAUUGUAUGUUUUUAUGAAUGUCCAAAUAAGAAGAAUGUAGAAGUUUGAACUAGAAACCCUUAACUGUUUUGACAAAUAUGUCGUUGUGUUUUGAUAUGAGGCUUGACUACAUUUGUGUUUACUCAUAUCUCCUGAAGUUGUUGAACUGCAUUACAAUAAUACCAAACAUGAAACAACACAAUCUGAUUAUUGUAGGCUGUUGUUUGUCUGCAGGAGGAUGAUUUCAAGUUGCAAGUUGAUUCUGUGACAGUAUUCUUGGUAGUGAUUCCUUCUACAACACUACACAGCGCUGGGUCUCCUCCCAUGAAAAUGAGUUCUGGCUUUAAAUGGUUGAUUCAGUAAACAGAUUAAAGCACUUUAAUAAAUAAUGUUUGCCUCAUAACUGACUCACAGCACU